AUGGCGGGAGCCAAGAAGAAGAAGACAAAGCCCGCUGGCAACCCAGCGAGGGGUUUUGCCACCACCUCAGUGGCUGCCAAGGUUGUCGCUCGAGUUGAAACUACCGACGACACCGUUGCGCCUUCACUGAAGCCCACCGGCAAGCCAGCGUCAGCCACCGAUGCGAAAGCUGUAGGUCCCGCCGCUGCUGCUGCAACCGCGGCUACCGAUUCCCCGACCAAUGCCCCCAGAAAGGAGGAACUGAGUCCUGAGGAGUUUGAGAAACAGCUCGAGGAGUCAGAACUACAAAUUCUGGUGGAGAAGCAUGCACAAAAGGUCAAGAGGGACGCUCAACGCCAAAAGUCUAGACUCGAAACCGAUCGACGUCUGCUCCGCGGUCAGGCCGAACCCAUCAACACCCGGAAAUGGCUCCCCUCAGAGUUGAUGGACCAGAUAUUGGAUCUCAUCAAGGCCGAAACCCGCUUUGCCUCGUCUUCCUUGGCCGCAGAUUCCACCAGUCCUGGAAAAUUGCUGCCCGAAGAAGACUUGACCGUCAAACUGUGGACGCUGCAGCAGACUCUUGCACCUGCCGGUUUCCCCGAUGGGAGAGUCAAGUCCGUCUUGCAAUAUGUCUUGGACAUUGCGCCUAGCAUAGCAACGACUGCCAAGGACAGCAUCUGGGGCUUGGAAGAGGCCCUUGAUUGGUUGGCGAGGGAGUGUGCCAAAGAUGAACUGCCCGACUACGAGCAGAGGAGCAAGACACUCAUUGGACUGAAUGAAACCCCCCAAGAUAGCCCUCUGCCAUCAGGCGCCACGACUCCUCGUUUCCUCGACCCCAACGGAACCGGGAACGGGCCUGCGAAGUCCAAGAAGGGCUUGAAGUCAAAGUCAUCACGGGAACCGUCACCCAGAAAGAAAAUGACCGUCACAUGUGACAGUGACAUCGAACCUGACGAUCUGAUUCCGGUAUACCUCGAUACCAAGACCAAGCUCUUUCACAUACAGCGCCCCAGGCAGGCCACCAAGAAGACGCGGUCUACCAAGAAGGCGGCUGCUGCCAACGGGCCCGAUUCCAUGAAUGAGGAGCCAUUAUCAUCGGAAGACGAACUGAAAGAAGCCAAACUGAUUGCCAAAAUUGAUCGAAUUGAACAGGAUCCACUAUUUGACAAGCCUUUGGCAGAUUAUCAAUGGCAGUCGGAUAGGAUCAUCCUGGAGCAAGAGUUUGCCGCCACGAGACAGCAGAAAACCGAACAGGUCGACCGACUGCAGGAGGCCGCGGCAUCACCACCAGAAGAUAGUUCAGAUGAUGAAAUUACAAAAGAGGCACAGAAAAUGGCCCAAGAGAUUUUGCAACAAGACAAUUCAGAUGAAGAUGCGGCUCUAUCUGACUUAUUCGCAAGCCUGCCAAUGGAGGAGACCGAUCCCAAGACUGGCAAGACGUCGAGUGUGAUUAACAAUGCAGACGGCUCCAAGAUAUUCAUUCGUGAUUUUGGGACCAAAUGGACAGGCGUCACCCCGAUGAGAGCCCUAGAAGAAGCGUGUAGAUCAAGAGACUCUGGCGUCAAAAUUGCUUACAGAGUUGUUUCCGAAGCUCGAUUCGCCAACCAACACAUGGCCAUCAUUUCGUGGUCCAAACCUCAAGAGGUCACUUCUCCGGACAUAGCCAAUGUUGACGCCAUCAUGUAUCCAAAGCAGUUUUGUUUCCAGAUGUCCACAGUGGCAACCCCUGACUCCAAACAAUCAGAAGCUUAUGUAGCGACUGUUGCCCUCUUCGCCAUCUUUGGCUCCUCAACUAAGGAAGAAAAGGUCUACUUGAGACUGCCACCUGUGUGGAAGGACUUGUGGACUGAGCUGGCCGAAGCCAAGAAGAGCCAAACCGACGCUCAAGACCGCACUAGCAUCAAGUCGUUACGCAGCCAAGUCCGACAAAGGCUCGAUCAGGAGGAGGAGGAAGGCAUUGUUCUUCAGAGUGCAUUUAAGGGCCGCGGAGCCAACCGUAACGGUAAUGGUAACGGGGAUCAGGCAAACUCGGACAGAGCGCAUGGUCACUCUAUUAGUCCCGAGUACUAUCAGAGAAUCUGGGCGGACAAGAUCAACUCCCCCAGGUUCUACAACAUGUUGCAGUUUCGCAUGCAGCUGCCAAUGUGGGCUUUCCGGGAACAGGUUCUUGAUGCCGUCGACCAAAACCAGGUCGUUAUCAUCUGUGGUGAAACAGGAUGUGGUAAGAGUACUCAAGUGCCUUCAUUCCUUCUGGAACAUCAAUUAUCGAGAGGUCUUCCAUGCAAAAUAUACUGUACCGAGCCGCGACGUAUAUCUGCCAUAUCUCUGGCACGCCGCGUUAGCGAAGAGCUUGGUGAAGGCAGAGGCGAUGUUGGAACGCCACGGUCGCUAGUCGGCUACUCCAUCCGUUUGGAAGCCAAUACAUCUAGAGAGACGAGACUAGUAUACGCCACUACUGGUAUCGUCAUGAGAAUGCUCGAAGGCUCCAACGAUCUCGGUGAAAUCACCCACUUGGUGUUGGAUGAGGUCCACGAGCGCUCAAUCGAGUCCGACUUCCUCCUGAUUGUGCUCAAGAAGCUUCUCAAUCGCCGCAAAGAUCUCAAAGUAGUUCUCAUGUCUGCCACUGUCGAUGCAGAAAAGUUCUCCAAGUAUAUGGGCGGGGCACCUGUGCUCAAUGUUCCAGGCCGCACGUUUCCUGUCCAGGUUAGGUACUUGGAGGAUGCCCUGGAGCUUACUGGAUACGCGCCAGAACAGAGCAAUCCGAAUCAAAGGAUCACAGACUUGGGCGAGGAUCCCGCAGACAGCGACUCGGAUCGCAACUCGAAUGUUGAUGCGGCCAAAGACCUGCGCCAAUACUCGCCGCGAACCCGAGUUGCAUUAUCAAUGAUCGAUGAAUAUCAGAUCGACUUUGAGCUCAUCACGCAGCUGAUUGGACAGAUUGCUGUUCAUCCAGAGUUGAUAAACUACAGCAGGGCCACAUUGGUCUUCCUCCCUGGUAUUGCCGAGAUCCGUGCACUCAAUGACGCCUUGCUAGGGGAACCAUUCUUCCAGCGAGAUUGGGAAAUAUAUCCUCUUCACUCCACGAUUGCUACGGAAGACCAGGAGCGGGCAUUCCUGGAACCCCCUCCUGGGGUCAGAAAGAUCGUUCUGGCAACCAAUAUUGCCGAGACUGGUAUUACCAUUCCUGACGUCACUUGCGUCAUCGACACUGGCAAGCAUCGGGAGUCAAGAUUCGAUGAGAAGCGGCAGCUGUCCCGUCUCAUCGACACCUUUAUCUCCAAGGCAAAUGCCAAGCAGCGUCGUGGUCGAGCUGGUCGUGUACAGGAAGGCCUGUGCUUCCACCUGUUUACGAAAUAUCGCCACGACAAACUCAUGAGCGAUCAACAGACACCCGAAAUGCUACGACUAUCUUUGCAAGACUUGGCCAUGCGUGUCAAGGUUUGCAAGAUGGGUGGUAUCGAGGAAACUUUGGCUGAGGCACUGGAUGCUCCAUCAGCUAAGAACAUCCGUCGUGCCAUUGACGCUCUUAUAGACGUGCGUGCAUUAACGGUCACGGAAGAGCUAACACCACUUGGUGCUCAGCUUGCACGCGUACCUCUCGAUGUUUUCCUAGGCAAGCUCAUUCUCCAAGGCACAAUCUUCAAGUGUCUUGAUAUGGCGAUUACGUGUGCAGCCAUUCUCUCAUCCAAAUCGCCUUUCUCUGCCCCUUUCGGCCAGCGUGCUCAAGCCGAUCAAGCGCGAAAAGCCUUCAGGCGUGCGGAUUCAGAUUUACUUACCGUAUACAACGCAUACAUUGCAUGGAAGAAAGUAUGCCAAGACCAAUCGCAUGAUUUUGCAUUUUGCAAAAAGAACUUCUUGUCCUCUCAGACACUUUCCAACAUCGAAGACCUCAAAGGUCAGCUUGUGGUGUCGCUCGUUGACUCCAGCUUCUUGAAACUGACCGAGGACGAACGACGAGCUUUGAACAGAAUGCGAUAUGCUAGCAGACGUCGCCUGUUUUUUGACUUGCCACAGCGCGUCAACAUCAAUAGCGACAACGAUCUGGUAUCUGCUUCUGUCAUCUCCUGGAGCUUCUAUCCGAAGUUGCUCAUGCGUGAGAAUAAAGGCUGGCGCAACGUCAGCAACAAUCAAAGCAUCAGCCUGCACCCGUCAAGUGUCAACAAGGGCCAUAUGGAACUGAAGUGGCUGUCUUACUACAACAUCAUGCAAUCAAAGCAGUUUCUAAAUGCCCACGAGACGAAUGCUGUUGAAAACUUUGCCAUCGCACUUCUUUGCGGCGAUGUGCGAAUUGAUAUGUACUCUGGCGUCAUCAUUCUCGAUGGUAACCGUGCUCGUUUCAGCGUGCCGGACUGGAAGGUCAUGCUUGUGAUCAAGGUCUUGCGCUCGCGGCUUCGUGAUAUCCUUACGCGGUCUUUCAAGAUGCCCGGCAAGCUCCUGACGCCCCAACAGGAGAAGUGGUUGGACGUCUGGCAGCGCAUUUUCAGCCAGGAUUUGGGGAAGUCUUAA